CGUUUCUCUGCCUCUUUCAAGCCCAGUCAUCGUCGCCAUUGAGUGCGCGCAGCCAUCUUGAUAAUCUCUUUUGAGACGUUCAGCAGAGUAGAAGGUUCAUACGAAAAAAUUCGUUUCUCAUUCGUUUUCUUACCUGCAAAUUGAAGUUUGUCGAUUAAAUAUUCCAAGCCCAGUGGUGCCGUUGUCCCGGAAGGGACGUUUCAUCGAAUUUCUGUACGGAAAGGAGGUGGCACCAUUCUAUAUUUUGGGGCUCCUCCAACAUCCGUAUUCCGAGAGCCUGACCUUUUAACUGAAGUGAACCCCCUUUUUAGUGUGAGAACAGACACUACACACACGCGUGCGGAAAUUAAAAGGUGUUAGCGAUUUCCUUUGGCAACGAGCAACAAUUUAUCGCAGUAAUACAACCGAAGAUUUCCCGGUGUGUCGCUCGAACGCGAAGGAAAGGCAAGGAAAGUUCGAGAGCCUCUUUUUCGGCGUACGCGUGUUAAAAGGACAGGCCAGGUCUGCCAGAUAUAGACAAAUAGAGAGCCGCCAGCUAGUGGUAAUCACCAAUCAACAAAUUAGAAAGCCGAUUUGGGCCCCCCCGUGUGCUGACCGUCAAUCAAACUAUACCCAACACUCUCAUAGGAAAACGCUCCUUUGUUUGGUUCGCGGACAAGCAUCUCUACCUUGGACGUGUGUGCGUGUGUGGAUAAGAUAAUUCGAGGAUGGCAUUAAAAAGAAUUAACAAGGAAUUACAAGACUUGGGGAGGGACCCACCAGCACAAUGUUCAGCCGGACCAGUCGGCGAUGAUUUGUUCCACUGGCAGGCAACGAUCAUGGGCCCGCCAGACAGUCCGUACCAGGGAGGCGUAUUUUUCUUAACAAUACAUUUCCCAACAGACUACCCAUUCAAACCACCAAAAGUGGCUUUUACGACACGUAUAUAUCAUCCAAACAUCAACAGCAACGGGUCGAUCUGUCUGGAUAUAUUAAGAUCUCAAUGGUCUCCUGCCCUGACAAUUUCAAAGGUGUUGUUGUCCAUCUGCUCUCUGUUGUGUGAUCCCAACCCCGACGACCCACUGGUGCCGGAGAUCGCCAGAAUAUAUAAAACCGAUCGGGAAAAAUAUAAUGAACUUGCCCGGGAAUGGACAAGAAAGUAUGCUAUGUGAUGCGUUCCAGACGAAACAUUGCUACGUAAACCCUACACCUACACGAACGACAAACAUACGAGCAGCAGCGUGCAGUUUACCAUCCACUAUCCGCGCAACAACACCAGCAGCAAAAACAUCAGCCAGUAUGAUGGUUGUAGGAAGAAGCAGAAGCAGUCCUGGGACGGUAUCGAUAGAGGUAGCAUCAUCAAAAUUCGCAGUAACAGCAACAAUAGUGUGCGCUUGCAGUAUCACAAACAACUGCAACAGCAGCAGCAGCAGCAGCAACAGCAAAAACCACAGAAAAAUACUAUUGCAACGGUGCACAACAUGGUCAUGGAGUACUGGUACGCGACCGGCAGCUCAACCGGUGGUUCCAUUAAGCAUCACUACGCAAACUGCUGUCAGCAACGCUGCCGUUGUAUGCUGAACCAACACCGAAACAGCAUAUUACCGUUCUAUAAACAUCAACGCAAUAGAACCGGCAGCGAGACGAAGAGACAGGGCGCUGAACGUAACCUUACAUUUACUGACCAACACCACAACACCAUCCACAGUAACGACAGCAAUAAUAUUACUAUCCCUUACUACCGUUACGCAGGCGUCGGUAUGCCGUUGGCACGAUGCUACUGGAAGCUCAUCGUCCAGCACGGUAGUGGCGGCGGUGGUUUUGUUCAACAGCCGCAACCACCAUCAAUGUUGCCGACCGAGGGCAAAGGCUGCUGCUCCUGCAUUGGCAGCACCACCAACACAAUUUGCUGUCAAAAUUUCGCACCUACCGCUACUCAGUUUUAGAUUACCGCUUUUUUUACACAUAGAUUCAUUUACAUUUACAUUUUUAAGAAGUUUUCCCGUCGCCCCCCCCCCACGUACUGGCGUAGCCGCGCCCCCAAAAACAGGAAGCCAAGAUUAACACACAUUUGGUACAAAUUGCAAUAUUGGUUUUUGUUGGAUGUUACAAAUCUGUGUAACAUUGUACAAUGAAAAAACGCUGAAAUUUCUAGUGCGCAAAACAAUAUGCGAACACAACAAAAUUAGCAUUGGUUUUACUACCAAUAGUACAGCAAAAUACCUGUUCAUUUUUUUUUGGAAACUCAUUUUCCUUCACACGAACCACGAAAGCUUUUCUCUAGUUUUGUGUGAUAAAGCAAACAACAACUGAUCAGCCCAAAAUCUGUGUACCCCGCCGGACGCGAAAUUUAGAUCUUGAGCCAGGGAACAGGAGCGAAGGAAGGGAAGAAAAACAAACAAAUGAGUUGAGAGAGAGAGAGAGAGAGGAAGGGAGUAGUAGAAUGAUGGCAGUCGUUAUAAUCACAGGUUAUAAUUACGUUAUAGGCGCGUUAACAGGGUAUUUACAAUGACAGGAACAAAAACACAUUGCUUAAAACUUAAAACACUUCAAACACAUUGCCUUCCCAUUUCGGCACGAAUUCGCUUUUCAACAAACUUCAAUAUUUGGAUAGAAUGGUUCUGCUAGCGCAAAGAAACCCCCAAUAGCUGGAGACAAACGUUAGUACACAUUACAAAACACAGCUACCGGCGCUGGCGACGGGAAAUUCCCUUUCAAUAUGUUUGGUUUGCUUUUUUUUUCAUUGGGAAAAUUAGAUCGAAAUUCAGGAGUGCAGAAAUUACAACAAAAAAAUAAAAUAUCAUUAAAACAGAUGAGCGUGCUUGGAUAGAUACCUGCUCUCGUCCUCCCAUUUCUGGUCCAAACCAAUGGAUAUGUAUGUGUGUGUGUGUAUGUAUGUAUUGUGUGUGUUUGAUGCACACACACACACAAAUUGCGGAAAAGGCAUUUUGUAAACAACGGGGGGCAAAAAAGCCUAUUACAACCACUACUGGAUGCGGUGAUGUGUGUGUGUGUGUUUGCAUCAAUGAACCUCCCAUAUUGCUCCCUAAAUGAGACAAGGUAAAGAAUAAGCUGCCGCGAAGUAGAAGAAGAAGAGGGAAAAAAACAUCCAGCCGAGAGACAAAAAGACCGUCAAGAUAUUAACACUAGAACGUACUAAGCGUUUUUAAAGCGUUUAUUGUAAUUUUUUUUUCGAAAUUUUCGAUCAGCUGAAUUAUGUGGAAAUGUAUUUUGGAGUUCCUCUAUUAGCAAUAGAGUAGAUAUGUAAAUGUGCGAUCGUAUCAACAAACGGUAGAAUUUGUUUCUUCUUUUGCUCGACAAACCGACAAACCUCUCCGGAUCGGUCCGGAUCGGAUUUUGUAGUAGAGUUUGUUUAACUCCCCCCAAAAACAUUUAAUGUGAUUAGAAAGGAAGCGUGUGUUGGUACCGGUCACAGUGAUUGGUCCCCAUCUAAGUUCUAGUGUUAAGAUCCACUUCCCGGCAGGAAUAAAAAAAGUUCACACGAGAGACAAAAAAA